CCGUGUUGUUUGCCUACAUUUUAGCUGGGACCUGCCAUAGUGUUCAUUGGAUUAAACUUUUAUAUGAUAACUCAGUGGAUAAAACUUUCGUAUAUAACUCAGUGGAUUAAACUUUCGUAUAUUACUCAGUGGAUUAAAUUUUCGUAUAUAACUCAGUGGAUUAAACUUUCGUAUAUAACUCAGUGGAUUAAACUUUCGUAUAUAACUCAGUGGAUUAAACUUUCGUAUAGGCCCUAUAAUUCAGUGGAUUAAACUUUCGUAUAUAAGCCAGUGGAUUAAACGUUCGUAUAUAAACCUUUGAAUUAAACUUUUAUAUUAUAACUCGGUGGACCUGAGUGGAUUAAACUUAAACCAUUGUAUAUAAAUCAGUGAAAUCAACUUUGGUAUAUAGGCCUAAUAUAUAAACCAGUGGAUUAAACUUUCGUAUAUAAGCCUGUGAAUUAAAAAUUUAUAUUAUAACUCAGUGGAUUAAGCCAUUGUAUAUAAAUCAGUGAAUUCAACUUUGGUAUAUAAGCCAGUGAAUUAAACUUUCGUAAAGGCCUAAAUAUAAGCCAGUGAAUUACACUUUCGUAUAUAAUAUAACCCAGUGAAUUAAACUUUCGUAUUCAAACCAGUGGAUUAAACUUUCGUAUGUAAACCAGAGGAUGAAACUUUAAUAUUAAAUCUCAAAGGCUUACGUUGAAAGUUCAUAUGAAACUCCGUGAUGCAGAUUCUUACACACGUGUAAGUAAGUGCCGGCUUGUUCAUUUAAUAAAUGAGUGGACGAUUUGAAAUUAGUGCAUGUUAUUUUAUGUUAAUUAACAAAUUAACGGUUAAUAAACGUAAACAGUAGAUUGAAACAUACGAAUAGUAAAUCUGAGGGCAACAUCCCUUAUAUAUAUAUUUGGCUUCUGGUGUGGCUGCUACCUUUUCACAGCGGGUCCUCCACCCUACUCAACAUGUUUUAUAGUAAUAGUACAGAGUGAACCAAAAAAUGCUGUCAAGCAGACGAGCGUCAUGCCUGACGGUUGAACUCAGGUAAAAUGGAUGCAUUUUUUUCUAUGGUGGAAGGGGGGUGGGGUUGGGGGGGGGUGAGACGACCAUCAAAUUAAUCAAUAAAGAGCCACUGGUAGGGUGUUAAUGUCUUAGUAAAACUGUCUGACUGGCUGUUGUUUAAAUGCCAGCAAUUAGGGUGUAGGACUGUCUGUAGGCAUAUUGUAUAAAGUCCGGCAGGUUGGGUGUAGGACUGUCUGUAGGCAUAUUGUAUAAAGACAGGCAGGUAGGGUGUAGGACUGUCUAUAGGACUAUUGUUGAAAGGGCAGCAUAUUUUAUAGAAAAUUAGAAAUUAUUCUUUUUUUUUUUUUUAACAACAGUUAUCGACCUACCGUGAAUUUUCUCCAAAUGCCCGGACCUGGUGUAAAACAAAUAAAAAUAAAACCAAUGAUACAAUUGCAUUCUGUUAAGCCCUAGUAUUAAAAUAUUGUGCUAAACGAGCAGUUAGCGCAUCUUGGAAUGUGUGUACCUACUGGUAUUGAUAUGUUUUGUCAAUUAUGUGUACGGACAUUUGAUUGUAUCGUCCAAUGCCUAGAGAUGUUUUGUCGAUGUAGAGAGUGUUGUGUCGUGAAAAUGAUAUGCGUGAUUGGCCCUUGGCAGUAGAAGACAAAGUAGAUGACCCUGUGCAGUGAUCGUCUCCAGGUUAACUUUAGGCAGUGGCGUCGUAGCGAAGUUUAGUGCUGCCCGAGACGAACUAAUAUUAUUGACGCCCCCUUCCACAAAUACAUUCCGCAGUUGGUUUUAAAAAGGUCGCCACUCCCUAUAAAGAGAAAAAGACCUACAGCCCUGGGGCCCAGCCUGGGGGGUGUAUCCAGGAACAUCAUUACAGAUUUGUUCAAAAAGGGGGGGGGGGGUCUGGCUUGUUGAUUUGUUCGUUAGUGGAGGGGACAAAGUAGCGCUUUAAAUAAAACUUGCAAAUUGGUUGGGGGGGGGGGAAUGCUCCCUGCACUACCCAAAAUGAAGUCCCUGAGUGUAGCAUCCCACUUCUUACGCUUCUAACUUUUGUUUUAAUCCUCUCUUAGUUCGGUUUAAUCCUUUCAUCCGUGGUUUUAUAAGAUACUUUACAGCAACCCAUCAUUUUUUGUGCAUUUACACGCCAGAGUUUUGAGUCAGCAGCAAUAACAUAAAUACGACGCCGAUACCAUGUGUGUAUUGUAUUGGAUUGCGUGCAUUCUUUACUCCGCUGUGGACUGGGGACACAGACAAACCGAAGAUGAAGUAACGAAAUACAUGACUGUGACCUGUGACUGUGACAUUUCUAAAGUAUUUACACCAGGGGUGGGGUGGAGGGGGACCAAGAUAUGCGUCGACUUCACACAUUAUUUGUUUAAAUCAUUUCUCCUUGUUAAUAUUUACGCCUUACGCUCUCAGAUAUCUGGCUUAAAAAUGAUUAAUAAAUUCAAUGGGAUUAAAUAUUAUGUCAAAAUUUCCCGAAGAAGGGAGAUAGUCAUAGAAGUUACAGGAAAAUUUAGACAAAAAAAUAAAAUGUAUUUUUAUAAUAAAUAUUUUUCUCUCCGUUUGUUGUUAUUUUUUACUACGAACACUUGCGUCCUUUUUUACGGACACUUGCGGUGAUCAACGAUAAAAUAAUCUCCUCCUGUCAUGGUCGUGUCUAAUGGAAUAAAGCAAACCACAUAACUCGAUAACAUGGGCAAAUUAUUUCAUAUUUUGUUCAUUCCAUUCUAGACUAAUUCCCCCCCCCCUUUUUUUUUUCUUUUUUUUUUUUUUUUCUUUUUUUUUUUUUUGUGGCUGCGUGCAAUGUGAAUUAGAAGAGGGGGUCGGCAAACUACGGCCCGCGGGCCACAUCUGACCCGCAACGUAGGGUUGUAAGGGCAGCGGGGUCAAUAGUGAUUAUGAUGUCACUGAAAAAUUAGAGUCUCUGCGUGGUAUGCAUGCAACAGCAGGGGAUGAAAUUUUCAACCAGCUGAUAAAUCAAUUUCUCAUUACAAUAUAAUUCACUAACUCUAAUAUGGCGGGACUAGGAUAAAGCCCUUAAGUAGAUUAAGGAGACACAAACAAUUUGAGUUAAUAAGAAAUAUAUGUUAAGCUUUAAUUACGAUUAGAGAAAAUAAAAAUUCAGCUAAUCCCUUAAAGAACAUAAUUGUAAUUUUAAAUUGAAUUUAUAUAUAUUGUUUUCAAUAUAUUUUAUUUUUUUCAUUUUUAAGAGCUGUGUUUGAUAACAAAGUUAGUAGGUCAGUGAGUGGCUCCAUUGUUAUACUUUUCUUUCACUUUUUAGGAAAAUGUAGGGUAUACAUACAUUAUGUAAAUUAAAUUAAUAAUCAUAUUAAUUUAUUUUUUCGUACCGGUAAAGGUUGUUAAUACAUCAAUAAUUUAAUUCACACUAUCAGACCUUAGCACUUGUGUUUUAGACUCAGAGCAGCUUUUCCUUCUCUACCCUGAUACUAAGUGCCUAUCACUGCUACUAAAUCAACUUUUGUGUUGAAAAGCACACUGAGAAAUAUUUAUUUUUUCUGUUUCAGCUCACCAAUGCCAUAAUAUGGAGACACCAUCAAGAUGAGAAAUGAUCAUUUGUGAGUAAAAGCUGAUUUGAAAUCAUAAUGGAACAGCUUCUUCAACGCAAGAACCUCCAAGCCUUCUUCACCAUUAUCCUGUGCUGCUGUGUGGGCAAGUCAUAUUUGCUAACUACUGAUGGGGGUGAGAUUUUUUACUUGCAUUCCUCAACAAUUUUUUAAAAAAUGUUUUUGAAGCAGAAAGUAUUUGGAAUGAAGAAUAUUUUUUCUAUAGCUGAACAAGCAAAUAAAAACUAUGGGUAUGAAAUAAUUUAUUUAGGAUAAAAAGCCAAUUAACAGGCCUAUAGUUAUUUUUCUGGAGACAAUGAAAGUGGCUUUGGAAUUUAGUGUUUUGUCUCAAUAAAAUAGCUAUUUAUAAUGUUGGUUAACAUCAGAUCUCUUCAACCUUGUCUAGCCUACCACAGUCACAGCGUUUCCCAAACUAGUGGUGUAUCCCAUAAUGUUCCAGUUGGCUCAACAAUAUAACAAUUAGUAUAAAAAUAAAAUAUGUAUCCAGUACAUCACACAGUAAUUAUGAACUUUGCACAUAUAAAUGCAUACUUUUUAACAGAUGAUUUCAGUAUUUAUAGCAUUACAAAUUUUGAGAUUCCAUGCCGAAUUAAUACACUGACAAAAGAAUAUCUGCUUAAAUUAUAAUUUAGUAGUGUGACAUCCAAGGGGCUCUGUCUCUUCCACAGCUGUGUCUCCAGCGGAUCCCUUCAAGUUUGUGGGUGAGACCCUGGAACUGUAUUGUAACAUCACCAACCCCAAUGCAGAUAUACGAGAGAAUUCGUCAUUGCUGUAUUUUGAAAGAAGCACCAUUAAUGAAACCAGAUUCAAAAGCCUUGACCCUUUUUACGAUGAUGACUUACCCAUCAAAAGUAAAAUCCAAAAUGGUAAAUUUAUGAUAAAAUUUGGUGCAGAUUGCGUAAACUUCCAUUUUAAGGUUUUUUUUUUAUACAUGCUUUAAUUUCUGAUGCCUAAAGAGUAGUUUUAUUUAUAAUGGUUUAUAAGUCUAACUAAACUUAGGUCUAUUUUAAAGUAUGUUCAUAGAAAUCAAUAGCAGCACUGAAUUAUAGUUUAACUUAGUAGUUUUUUAAUUAAGUGACAAUAAUAAACACCUUCCCAAACAAUUAAAGAUUGUCCUCUUUUUAAAAAAAAUAAAUAGAUUUCAGGCUCAUUCCCUCAGACUUCAUUGAAAUUCUCACAACAAAAGCCAUCAGACUUCGGCUGAGUAAUCUUGAGAUAGGUGACAGUGGACGCUACGUCUGCAACAAAAGGACAUACACAGGAGGUGUCCAAUUUAUAGGAAACCAGAUAGUAAAAGUAGAUUGUAAGUUGUAGUAUUCAUUAAUUCAUUAAUAGUAAAAGUAGAUUUUAUGAUGUAGUAUGCAUUAAAAGUAAAUGUAGACUGUAAGUCAUUGUAUUCAUUAAAAAUAAAAGUAGAUUGUAAGUUCAGAAUUGGGGAACUUCGGCUGAGUAAUCUUGAGAUAGGUGACAGUGGACGCUACGUUUGCAACAAAAGGACAUACACAGGAGGUGUCCAAUUUAUAGGAAACCAGAUAGUAAAAGUAGAUUGUAAGUUGUAGUAUUCAUUAAUUCAUUAAUAGUAAAAGAAGAUUUUAUGAUGUAGUAUGCAUUAAAAGUAAAUGUAGACUGUAAGUCAUAGUAUUCAUUAAAAAUAAAAGUAGAUUGCAAGUUGUAGUAUUCAUUACACUUAAGAAAUAUUGUAAGUUGUAGCAUUCAUUACACUUUAGGCAAAAGUGGUGCAGUUUGUGGAGUGGAUUUGAGAAAUAUUUUUUUUAAACCACUAAACUGUAAGAGUGUUAUAUCAAACACAUAAUUAAAACUGAUUUAAUGAGUCGUGACAAUGAAAGACUGUGGCAAUUGAGAGGAGAACCUAAAAGAAGCUGAGAACAUCACAAACCAUUGGGAUCACCACCUCCAGCUCACUACAGCUCACUCUAUGUUAAUGGAGACAUAAAGAGUGUCCCCAAGGCGGCAACUAUCAGCGACAGAUUGAGUGAGAUGAUCUGGAGCAAUCCUAGCCUGACAGAUGGGAUAGUAAAUGUGUUUUUUUACCAGGAAUGACUGCUCUAGUUCGCAAUUACAACAGCAUUAGGCAUGGACCAUUUACACAAAUCAUGAUCUGAAAGUUUACCAUUUCCAACUGAGACAUCUGGAGUACAUUCUGCAGGAAAACAUGACAACACCUUGUAUCUACUGACCAAUACCUUGUAUUGAGAAUGUGUGAACAGGUACAGCUCGUUCUCCACUUUCAGUGAGCGGAACCUUCUGUGACUAGUACAUAUCAUGAGAGUGGACUGAGGUUACUUUCCAAAAGAUUAGUGUAAGUGAACUGGCAGAGGGAGUGGGGUAAGCAAAUAAUUGAUCACAUCUGCACCAUAAGUACAAGGAUGUUUGUAAGAAAGAUAUGAAGGCAGCCAACAUCAAAAUAAAUAAAUAGAUAAUUGUAUUUAAACAUAGUUUUAUAUAGACCCAAGAUUUGGGGGGGAGCAGUGGCUCUACAGACCCAUGAUGCAUGGGAACAGUGGUUUGAUAGACUCAUGAUGUGUGGAAAACAGAGGCUCUACAUAUCCAUGAUUUGUGGGAUAGGUGGCUCUACAGACUAAGGCGUUGUGAGACACAAGCUUUUUUGAAUUAAAAGCUAACAGACAGGCUUAAUAUACGCCUUAGAUUUCAUUUCUGAAAGUUUUAGAAGAGACUGGCACUCCAGGACUGGACUCAUAAGCCACUCAUAAAAAUGCAAAUAGUUAUCUAGGAAUCUAAGACAUCUAGAAACUGUCGCGGAAGAUCAAAUGUCUUCAAAAUUUAUUUUAUCAUGAUCAAUUGCUCCAAUGUGAUGCUUAAAUGUGGGUUAGUAACAGUCUCAAUGUGUUUUUCGUCAGUCGGAAAUCAACCUUGACUACUUUAAACAGUCUCAAUGUACAUUAGCCCUUAAAGGUCAGAAUUGGGGAACUACUGCAUCCAUGGGCACCCGCAGAAAACUUUCUAAGGGGGGGGGGGCGCAAAAAAAUAGAUUAACUUUCCAAAUAUAGUUUUAAUUUACUGUAGCGUAUUUGUAUGAUGAACGAAUGGACAGGACAUCAGCUUAGUUACUUUCUCUUUAUUUUCUCUUCACUUUAAUAAAUUUUGUGUCUAUUUUUGUCUAAAAAAAUUGUAUCCAAUCAAUCCAGGGGGGGAGGGGGGGCAGGAGCCCCCCCUUGCCCCUACCUGCGGGUGCCCAUGACUGCAUCCAAUGUUCACAACUUUGUUUCAGAAAUCUGUGGGAGAUAAUUAAAUAAAAUAUUCAAACUGUAAGAUUUUGUAAAGUAAUAUGAAAAUGUAAAAAAAUAUUUGCCCGUUGUUUGAAAUGUUAGGGGUUACACGUUGGUUAAGUACAUUAAUUUUGUAUUAGUUACUUUUAUUAAGACAAAUCUUAGCUUUUAUUGGGUCUGUCAAAUGUUGGUCUAGGAUUUUAAUACUGAAGCUAUGGCUUUGAAAUUGAAUUAUUUGUAUAAAAUCAUGACAAUUCUCAUUUUUUUAAAAUUUUUAAAUUCUUUUAAAUACUUUAAUUUAUAACAGUGGUUUUUGUGUUAUCUGGAAGGAGUCCCUUGAAUUCUGAAUCAUCCAAGAAUGUUUGUUUCAAUUUUGAAAAUAUGGCUGGCUGGCUGUUUUUUAUAAAUUAAGCUAUGAAUUAAAAUUUUUGGAACCACUGAUGUUAAAGGUCUAAGGUCGAUAUUUAUUUUAUUUUAGUUAUUUUAAAUUUAUUUACAGACAAGCCUGUUAAAAUAAGGAAUAUUUCCUGCCGAGUUUACAACUGGGAGAGUAUGACUUGCAGUUGGGACUUGGGUGUGAAGUUUGCACAUCCAGAAAAUGUCAAUGUUUCUUUGGUCUACACUUUUGAGUAAGUCAAGAACUUUCAUGAUAAAAUUAUGCUGUUUAGUUUUGGCAAACAUUGAAUAAUGUUAUCUGGUCAGACUCAGAAUAGAAUGAAUGCUGGGGCCAAGGAAGGUCUGUGGAAUAUAGAUAUUUAGGGAGGAUAAAUAUUUCUAUAGUGCAUGUACUCAAGGCAAAGAGUUCAAAGCUUGUGCAAUGUCUGCUGACUUGAGGCAUCCAUCCCACUACCAAUCAUCAGUUAAUAACUAAUAUUUCACGAGAAAAUUUUGACCAAAAACGGUAAAGAAUUCCAUUUAUUCAAAAAUAUAAGGAGGUUCCAUUGUCUUUUAAAUUAAACAUUUCCAUGUAUUAGGUGGGUUACAUUAUUUUAAAUUAAUUUGAGUUCAGCAUUUCUUGUACACAUUUGGGGAACUUGCCAAAUAUUGGCCAAAACAGGAAUCAAUCUUGUCAAUUUAUUGCAAGGGGCAGGUCAUCUAGCUCCAUAACAUGGCUCUAAAGUAUGUACAUUUUAAUAUUUUGCUUUGGAUUUCAAUCUAUAGCUUUAAAAAUUAAAAACUAAAUUUUAAAUGCCUCAUUUUCAGUAUAGCCCGACGGAAUCCAGAAUAGUAUGUUUUGGGAAAAUUAUUAUCUUUUAAAUUGCUUGAAUCUAACAAAAUCAUCAGAAUUGAUCUUGUUGUAAUCAUACUGCUAAACUGCAGUCUAUUAUAUUGUAUAAUUAUAUAUCAACUGGUGCAAAUGCUAAUCCAUGACUUCCAAGUUAUCAGUGCUUUAAUUUUAACAGCAUCAUUCCAACUAAUGCAUUCCAAAUGGUCAAUUCAAAGAGAAACAACCUUAUAUAAAAAUGAAAACAACAUUCAUAGAUAUUAUAUAGUGUAUUGCUCCUGAGGGUACACUAUUAUCAUUAUAAUAAUUAAUCCACUUUUACAAUUGUUAUUUUGUUGGUCUUUAUUUUUUAAUCAUGACAAUGGAGGAUUUUUUAUGGCUUUAAGUUAUCAACAUUAUGAAAAAUUGAAGAACGUUUCUUAAGUUUGUCAAAAUUAAAUGUCCUCUGAAAUAUUAUUUGCUUUUUGGGUUUUAUUUUGAGGGGAAAAGAUGAGGUGAUAUCCUUGUCAUUUUAGCUACAACAAAGGGAAAAGGAUUUUAUUUUAUUAAAUGUUACUAAUGUCUAUGCUUUAUGUCACUACACUUAAAAUCUUAAAAACACUCUGAGCUUAAAUUAGCUGAUAUUAACUUUUUUUAACUUGACACCCCAAAGGAAAAGUUGAAGCCCUAAGAUCAAUUACCAUAAUUUACUUCAUAACAUUUCCUAAGAAGCUCAUGAUUUCAAAAGCUGUAUACAACUAAACAAAAGUUAACAAGAACCUUAUACUCCAUAUCUUUAGAACUCACUAUAGUUGUGUAACCCUGAAUCAUAAGUGAAACAUCAUAUAUGUUUACAGGCCAACUAUGUCAAAAGAGAUAAAUGUACAUUUCUUCUUGUGCUGAUUGAUAACAAUGGCCUAAUUUAUUUGUUAAAAAUAUUUAAAUUGUAGUCAGUCAUUUAAUUAUCUUAAAAGCAAGUGAGAUCAAGAAAGUAAAAGUUUCAAAGGAUAUUGACACAUUUAUUAAAAUUGAAGAGACCUUAAACAUUAUAGAAGUUUAUUUAUACUGCUACUAAUUCCAUGUAUCUAAGAAAGAAAGAAAAAAAAGAAAGAUAUUUUCCAAAGGAAUAUGUGGUUUCUUAAACUUAAACAGAUUUGUGACUCACUCUUUCCUUAUUUUUGUAAUCAUUAAUCAACUGAGAAAAUAACAUAUCUUUAUUAUGGGCUUAGAAAUAGAAUUAAAAUAUUUUCUUUAAAAAUCUCUAUAUAUAUAUAAUUUCAAUAUGAGAUUUUCUUAUUUCUUAACUGCCAUUACCAUAUUUUAUUUAUUUUACAAACAUAGGCUAUUUAUAUUUACUUAUUAUUACUUUAAUUAUUACUGCAAAAGCUUAGCUCUAAAAUUUUACUUGACUAACUCUUAAACUGUUAAUUCUAUUUCUAUUCUAAGUGGGAGACAACAUGACUGCCCAAAUUUAACUUUAACAACCUGUGAGUGGUCAUCUAAACAUUAUAAUCAUGGUCACAUGUAUGUAAUGAAGCUGGAGGUCAAGACCAAGGUGAACAACAAAGAACUGGCCCAUCAAGAGUCUGAUACUUUUCGAGUUGAGACUGUGCUGUAUGGUAGGUUCAUUCUUUGAAAUAUGUACCACUUAUGUAUCCUCUUGUGCCUGGACCCACACCAUUUCAUGUCACUUGUGGUUAAAGAUUAUUUUCUUGCUACUAAUCUAUGUUUUUCAUGUUUAAUAUCUUUAUCACUUAACCUUUUUUUUACCUUUAAUGUUUGCCAGAAGCUUUACAAAUGUAAGCCUGAAAAUUUGAUCUGCAAAGACAUUUCUUAAAUUACAAAAUUAUUUUAGACAUAAUUUUUUAGUGUCUGUGCUAAUCAUUAUUUAUUUUAUUUUUCUCCCUUACUACUCUUACUACACACAAAUUGGACAAAAAAGUGUAAUUAGACCUUAAUAAAUGUUUAUGAUUUUUAAAAAAUGGGUACAUUUAUUUUGAAUUCACUUUGAUUGCGCUUAUAUAUAUGAAACGACACACAUAUAUAUAUAUCCAUUUACAGUUUUAAUUAUAGCAUAAUUAAUUAUAGACAGAGGCUUAAAGUAUGUGACGCUUAGUUUUACUUAUUUCAAAUAUGAUGCAGCAAGAAGAAACAAAACACUUGUUUGAUGGAGUUUCUUCUAUUAUUUUUUAUCUGUUUGUCAUACAUGAGGCUUUUAGGACUAAUAUUAAUAUAGUGCAAUGAGAAGGCAAACAAAGGUAUUUAAAAGUUAACAUUAGUUCAUAUUAAUAGACAUUUAUUAGCCUGGGAUAAAAAUUAAAAAAAUUAAAAUAAUUUUUGAUGUUUUAAAGUCAAUUUUACCUAAGGAAAUUGCAAACAACUUUUGAGGGGGGAAAAUGUCCUAAAUACAUCAUAAGUAAUAUUUGCUGUUUGAAAAUUUUAUUUGUGUGGACCUUUUAUUACGUUAUCUCACAAUACAGAGUUUGAAUUUUAAAUAAUUUAAUCCUCUUUAAAUCACUCAUGUAAUGAAAGACAAGGUUGCUCUUAUUUGAACUCUUUUACCUGUACAUUGGCUAAUGGUGAAGAAAAGUCCCAUUUCGAUGGAUUCAUUUUAGUGAAAAGAAUAUUGGAGUCCGUUAAAAAAAUUUUAUAAAAAAUUUUGUGUUACAGAAACUUCAGCCAUAGUUACAACUUUUGCUAGUAUUGAUAUAUUUCAUACUAGAAUGGUUGAUCCUAUUGAAAUUAGGAUUAAAGCUAUCAGUAAGUAAUGCCAUUUGGCAUUCUAUAAAACAAGUGUGUCACUAACCAAGUUUUAUUAACACAUAAUAAACUUUCUUUAAAAGAAGUUUUUAUAACAUAAACCUAGUUAUUUUAAGCAUUUCAAACAAUCUCUCUUUUUUAAUAAUAUUUUAUCAUUUCUCAAUAUAUAAAAUAUUAGUUGAAAUUCAGUUAAAUUUUGUUUUAUAUUUUUUAAUAAUAAGGUAGAGAUUUUUUUAUUUUAUUAUUUUAACCUUCCUUCUAUGAGAACUACAACAUCAGAAAAUUUAUGUUAAAGGAAAUUAGUUGGUAUUUGGGUUCACUUCAGGCAUGUCUUUUCAUACCAGUUAAUUAUUUUUUUAAAUUGUCAUUGCUGUGCAUUUCUUUCAGUUACCAAAUGCCAAUUCUGCUAUUUUUGUUGUUGGUAUGUUCAGUCUUAUUUGGUGAAAACUUUACAAAUAUGGAUGUAAGUUCGGAAACAAAUGUUUGAACUCAUAUUCGAUAAACCUUUGGCACCUAAAAAAACUCUGCAAAAUACUUGUAUCAAUAUAUUUUCUUAUCUAAGUCUAAGUGUCUCUUAUUCCAUGAAAUCUUUUUUAAAAGACUUAGUGUUGGCUAACAAACAUUUUAUUAAUUAUUUUGUUUGCUAAGAUGCACAAGGUAAGUAGAUUUUUUACCCACAUAGUGAGUCAGAAUACAUUUUAGUUUGCAUUGAAAAUGUCAGUUUGGAAAUUGUAUGUUAUGACUUCAUUUUAAAACUUGUAUGUGAUAAUUUGCCUUGUAUUAUUUGCAAUCAUUUUUUGGGGGAAUUAAAAGAUUUGUACAAAAAAAACUAAAGCUUUAAUUGGGCAGAUUAGCAGAGCUGAAAAUGGAACUGAACAUUAAAUUGUUUCACAUCAUUAAGCAAAGUACAUUGCAAGUGUAACAGCUAAAAAAAUUUUUUCUGUUGAUCCUACUCAAAAUAUAGGCCUAUAUACUGGUAGAAGCGGGUACUUCUUUUUUAGUAUCAGUUUUUAUAAAAAGGCAAAGGUAUCAGAUAGAUAUUUGUUUAAAAGCCAUAUUAUACUAAUCUUUUAAAUUUGAUUCUCUGAAAUUUUUACUUGUAUUUUCAUAUUUGAAGAUGUGUCAAUAUAGGUAUUAACAUUGUACUUUCAUUAUAUCAAAAUAAUGUAGUCAGGAUUUAUUUUAAAUCUUCUGUUCUUUUGCUUGUAUUGCUUUUUAGCUAAAACAUUUUUAGAAUAGAGACUCUUAUCUCUUUAGUCUUUCCUCCUUUUAUGUUAAAAGAAAAUCAUCUUUUUUAUCUUUGAUAACUUUGUUUCAGAGGACUCUCUUUUAGAAUAAUAUCUCAUUAUGCAUGACAUUAGGCUAGAAAAACACAAGGUUGUUUUAAGUAUCUUUUUGCAGUAUAUUUUAUAAAAAAAUUUGCAUUGUGAAGUAUUCUUGAACUGGCAUUCCUUUUACCAAAAUCUUCUCUAAUGAAUUUAUUUGAUAAACUUGGUUCAACUAAAAAGGAUUUAACUAAUAAAUUACUGUUAUUAAAAUUAUUAAAGACCAAUAAUCUAUUGUAUGAAUUUUAUUGUUUAAAAAAUACAUAGUUUUAUUGUUAAACUUUUUUUCAGUUUUUGGUAAAGGGAAAAAAGUUAUUUCAUUAUAAAAAAAUCAAGUUAUUUUUUGUUAAAUAUUUAUAUAUAUAUAUAUAAUUUUAUUCACAGUUGAGCCUGCACCAGUACUUAAUUUUAAGGCUGCUGUCUUGAACAGCACUUGUGUCAACCUGACCUGGGGUCAUUCUGCUAGACAUAGAGAAAAAUUGUUUAAUGUUGGCUUCAGGAAAAAAUCAUGGGGAGAUUGGUUGCAGGUUUGUUAAUUUUAAGUUAUUUUUGGAUUCCUUGAUAAUUUUGUGAGUUUCUUAAAUUUAUACUUAUUGCCAUUGCUGUUUAUUUUUUUUUAACUUAUCAUUUACAACUCACUUAACAAGAUAUAAUUUUUAUGAUAACUUUUUCUAGAUCAUUAAUUUACUUUAAAAGUGAUUUCUAAUGCUCGAUAUCAGCAUUGGGAGAGCUCACUAAAGCUUUUCAGUGACACCAUAUUUCGAUUUUUUUAAAUUUUACUUGAAAACUAUUCACUUGCAUUUAUAGUCACAAACAUAAUUUGUGCUUUUAAAUAUCCUAAGUAAUUAAUUUUCAAAAGCUUCUACCCAACUCAAUAACUUAAACAUUAAAACAGAAAUAUAGUAUAAAUAUCUUUAUUUAACUGAUUCUUAUCUUUAAGAUCUCAAGUCAGCAUAUAGAAAAUGUUACAUUAAUGACAUUUUCUUAGAACAAAGUCAUACUUUAAAAAUCACUUCUUUAAUUUCAGUAUGAUAGAUUAAUCUAUUUCUAUUUCUCCCCAGCUUCCAUUAAUUGAGGAUAUAUCUGCCAAACUUCAGACAACUGUUUGUAAUCUGACUCCAUUCACUAGCUAUGAAUUUCGUAUCUCUGUCUUGCCAAAACCAGUGGACUCUCCUGUUGACCAGGGAUACAUAAGUAGUUUCAAAUAUACUGAAGCAACAACUGAAGAAGAUGGUGAGGCUUUGUAAAUUAUGCCUAAGAAACUAUCCAUGUUAAAUUAUAGAUUUUCUUUUCUGUAGGCUCUUAAGCAGGUCCUUUGACUUCAGAAAUAUUUCUUAGAUCUAAGAUGCCCAUUGAUUCAAUACAUAGCAAUCAAUUUAAAAUUUGUUUUAGAGUAAUAAAAAUAAUUAGGUUAAAACAAUUUUUUUUUCCUGGAUCUAUUUUAGUUUGUUAUUCACCCUACAUUAGUUUAUCUAUAAGAGACCAUUAUCAUCAUGUUUCCUAGUUCCUGCUGCAGCCCCUGCCUUGUGCCCAGGUUGCUACAUUGAGCUUAAGUGUAAACACAACAAAACAAACCGAUGUAUUCGACUCUACUGGAAGGAUCUUAAUGAAACUUAUAAAAAUGGGAAAAUAACCCAGUAUCACAUCCAAGUGUGUACAAGGGACAUGACCAUUAAUAAAUUCCGUACUGUUCACAUCAAGCCACCUAAAAAUCUGACCUCAGAGGAUGUAGAGAUUCCUGAUUCAGAUUUACCUAUCAAGAUUGUAAUAACUCCUGGGACAGUGAAAGGCUUGUCACAGAAUUCAUCAUACCUGAUUGUACCUCCGAAAGUAAAAAGUGAGUUUUAAGUUAAUGUUUAAAUGCCUAUUUAAUAAAAUUCAUUUAUUUUUCUAAAUUAAUUUGAAGUCUCCCAUUUAAAAAAAAAUUAUAGUUUUUAUAUUUCAAGUACUGGUAUGUCAAUGAUUACAUGUUACAAGACAUAAGAAUGUACAAAAUUGAGUUUUUUUGUGGUCUCAAUAACAUCAAGUUGUCUUCUUCUGUCAGAUGAAUAAAAUAAUUGUUGAUUUCUAUUUUGUGAUUUAUCAGAACCUAAAGCUCCAGAGAAUUUCUUAGUGGAAAGAGAUGAAAAUGACGAGCUUCAUUUCUACUUGAGCUGGGCAGCACUUGAGGUUAACUACAAGCCACGCCAAAAGUACACAAGUAUUACCAUUUCUUGGUGUAAAAGACAGCAUUUGGUGUGUCAGGUAAGGGCUGUCAUUUAUUUGUACCGUGGUGUAGAGAAACACUUGUUUUUACAUGGAUGAUUUUUCCUUACCAAUAUUAAUUAGAGUAAGCUAAAUAUGAUAGUGAUGUCUUUUAAUUUACUUAUUAAUCGCACAUCAUCUUCUUCUUCUUCAUAUUAAGAGCCCACAAUCAAUUUAUUGAUCAUUCUGGCUCAUAUCUGUUAACUAUUUGUAAUGAACAAGAUUUGAAAUAGGCAAAUGAAAAGUAUCAUCAAUGAUAAGGGUGGUUGGUGACAACCAGAAUUAUAAUUCCUUCUACACUCCAAUAAAUAUAUUAAUUUAGGUUUGGUAAAAUGUAACAGUAUAUUAAAUGAAGAGCACAAACUCUUGGCUGUCACAUAGAAAAACCAGUUCUUUACCUUCGUCCAUCAGUAUAUCAAAGUGGUUAACACAAGGCAAAGUGCCUUGUUUAUAUAUUCAACUAUUCCUUAAACAACAUUUUGCAUUAAACAACAUGUUGCAGUAGAAUAGUGACUGUGUAGUUUAUUCAAUUGAUGUUAAAUAAAUGUGAAUGCAUAGUAAUAAAUGUGGCUUAUUGAUCAAUACCUUUUUAUUUUGUGCAGGGAGACAUUCAAUGGCUCAAUCUUACAGCUGACAGUGUUACCCAUGAACUUAAAAGUGUGUCUAGGGAUAUUUCAAUUGGCAUAAGUGCUGAGGUUACUAUAGAUGAGCAAGUGAUCAGCAGUGGAAUCCAGUGGAGUGACUGUAUAUAUAAGCGCAAUCAAAGUAGGUUCAAGUUUAAUGUACACUUUUUUUUUUAAAUCAGAGCUACUCAGAGCAGACAUACAUCUUAAAUUUUCAGAGAAGACAAGUUUUUAAAAAAUCUUGUAUCCAAGUCAGCUGCCAGUAGGAUAAGCAAAUGAAUCAUAAUUUUUACUCGAAAAUAAUUAAAACUUUUUGGAUUUGUGUAAUUCAUACAUGAAAAUUUUGAUUUAACUUUCUCUAACUUCAAUUCCUUUUGUUUUUAAAUUUUGAUUAUUUGAAAAAUAUCAAAUAACAAAAAGUAUAUUUGCAUUCACAUUAAUAAAUAUAACCAGUCCCUUAUUUAAAAAAGAGAAUGAGGAGGAACAUAUUUCAUUUGAAAUUAUACUAUCACUGUAAGUUAUUAUUUUAAUAGAACCAGAUAAUAUUCUGUAGAGCUUUAUGAAAUUAAAAUAUUUUAGUUAGUUUCUAUGAUUUUUUGUGAAGGUAAUUGAAUUUUUUUUUACAGUUCUUUUCUUUCUGUUUUUACUAUUAAUCACUUAUUAUUUGGCCAUUUGUUCUUAAUGAGAGUUCACUGUACGCCUGCUAGUUCACACUGACUAAUUAUUUUCAUAAUUAAUUUAUUGUGCAACAUUUUUGUUUUAUACUCUCAUCCUCAUUUAAGAACCUCUACAGUCACCUAAAAAAGUAAGAGUUUCAUCAGCAGAAAGUAACCUGAGAAAUGGUUUGUCUAUUCUGUGGGAUAAGUUUACUUGUGCUGAUGAGGAAAGCUACAUAACAGAAUAUCUAGUGAAAUAUUGCCCAACAAAUGAUAAAAUAUGUUAUGGUGAGUUUGUUUAUCACCAUGGGGUUUCAAAUGAAUGCAGUUGUGCCAGAAAGCUGUCAGUUAGACAUCAAAUACCUAUUUAAUGAUUUACAAUUAAGUUUUGUAAAAAAUGAUUACUGUUUUUACUGGCUCUAAAGCCAACUUUUAGGGGGUGGGGGAUAUCUCAGGGGAAUAAGUGGGGUGGUCAGCUUAUGAACAGUUCAUAGGAGAUUUUUUUAUAAUGUUCUCUAGGUUUCAAUUCAAUUAUUGAAAAACAAUGAAGAAAAAAGUAACUAACUGAAGUCACUGUAAAUCUGUAUGCAAAAUUGUUUUUUUUGUUUGACAAGUUUGUCAUCAUUUUGUGACUGCUGCGACUGGUAACCUACAUCAAUAAUCAGAUUUUAUAAGUCCAUAGCAGCAGUUAAAAUCUAUUUUACGAGUGGACAGAGCAACUCCCAUUUUGAUAGCACUUGACCUUUAUUUAAUAUGAGUCAACAGAUUGUGAUAAUGUGAUCUUCAAUAAUUGAUUCCAAAACAAAUCUUGACUGUCUCUUGUCAUUGAAAUUUUUGGAAUGUCUAGUAUAACUUAAAAAAUAAUGUGCAUUCUUAGAAUAUCUAAUCUGUAAUACUUACUACUUAUAAAGCAUGACCUACAUUUAGUGAUGUUUUCACAAUAAAUUUGAACAGUAGAUAAUUAACUUAGCCAAAUAUCCUAGUCGUAGCAUGUCCAUUUAACCAUUCCCAUUUCUGACAUUAAACAUAAUACAACAAUUUGACAGAACCUGAAAAAUCAGAAAAUGUCAGCAAUCACCACAAUGAAGUGACUUUAAAGAAUUUAAAGGGGGAUACAAAAUACCUUUUGUAUGUCAUAGCAGUAUCCGCAGCAGGCUUGGGACCACGCAGCCCAGAAUUAUACGGAUAUGUCAAAGGCAUUCCUCCAGGUACAUUUCUUAUUCAUGAUCAAAAGAUUUUUUUAUCCAAUGAGAUACAUUUUUGAUUGAGACUCUUUUAAGAUAUUAAAAUUUCAGUAUAGUUUCAUUGUAGACUUUAAAACAUAUUUUUGAUCAAACAUAGUAUUUUUAUUUUUACUAAAUAAAUGUGGCCAGUACCUGGCAUCUGGUAUACCACAAUACAUGAAUUAGUCACAAGAUGGAUGAUAGAUAGUUCACAGGAAUAAUUUAUUAUACCAUUAGGGAUUUAUAGCUAGAAUGGCAUAAUGUAAACAUAAAUAGUUGAAAGCACUGAAGAUCACAGUCAAUCAAAACUUUUUUAAUACUUGUUUUAAGUGCAGUUAAAUCCUAGAAAGAAACCAUAAGUCUCGAAACUAAAAGGCAAACUGAUUUUCUUUUCUUUGAAUUGCAUCAUGGCUCUAAACUUUUUUUUUUCUCUAAUAAGCAUGUUGCAAAAAUACUACCUUUUAACUGAUUAGUUUGUGUUUUUGUGAUGAGUAAAUUAGUAGUUUUCAUAAAAAGCUAAUACAGCAUGCAAUUAAAAUUAUUUUUAUAAUUACUGUAACACUAACACAUUAAUAAAUAUAAUUUUUUUAAACAUUGAUUGUUUAUAUUUGUUUUUCAGAAGCGAAUACAGAGAAGAGCAUUGCAAUUAUCAUAGGAAUUGUUUUGUUUAUAUUUAUUGCCAUUGCAGUGUUCUUAUGCUGGAGGUAAUUAUACACAAUUUUUAUGUAACACAAAUUUAAAUGGUUGGGGUCACAUCACAGGGCCCCAUUUUAGAAUGAAAAGAUUUUUUUUUAUAUUUUCCAUAUACUAUGCAAUUAGCAGUUUCCCAUGUAAAAAUAAUUUAUAUUAAAAUAUAUAAAGUCAUAAUAAAAUUAAUUUCUGUCAUUCUAAUCAGAUAUUGCAGAGCAAGAAAGAAAAGAAUUAUGGAGGAUUAUAUAGAACCAUAUGCUCAGACGCAGGUAAGUUUAUGUGUUUUCAUGUUUUUUUCAUUGAUUUGAGUGAUUGAGAAUUUUCUGCAUCUGCCCUAAGAUGCUUUUUUGUAUUAAUGAAAACCUCUGACCUUUCAAACAAUUAAUCAAUAAUACUUAUAGUUUUUCAUCAAGUACCCCUACUUCUUCAAUAUUGUAAAUCCUCAUUUUGGUUAAACCUGAUGAUGAAGCCCGCACUCUGUCACCAUAAAUUACAAAUCUUCAAGAAAUCUUCAACUACAACAAUAAUGUUCUUUUUAAGACAUACCCUAAAUACAAACUGCAUAAUAACUACAAAUAUCUUGCUAAUGAAAAAUAUUUUCUUUGUUCUUCAGUCAGAUAUCCACAUUAAUAAUGCUUAACAAAGUAUUUGUUGGUUCUCAUUUUGCUUUCUAGGGUUAAAAAAAAUAAUUUUACAUUUUUAGGGGAGUGGAUUUGAAACUUCUUUUUUUUUGGAAUGCAAGGUGCAUUGCAUUGCACUAUCUUGUAAAAGCUGUUAAUGUUUGAUUACAUUGAAAAGAACAUUGUAAACAUUUCUCAAACUAAACAAUGAAUAGAAUUUAAUUAAAAUUUUAAAUGAAAUUUGUACAUGGAAGUGAAAUUUACAAUAAAAUUAAUAUUAGUAAAUUUUUAGUCCCUGUCUGUGUCAUUUUGAGUUGACUCAAAAUAAUUGUGUAAAUUGGGCUUCUUUUGAUUAACCCCACAUAGAUUUAUUUUGCCAAAGGCCACAAGUACCGGUAUUGUAGUUAUUCUCCUGAAUUUAAUAAGCCAGUGUAGUUAUUCCCCUGAAUUUAAUAAGCCAUUUUAAUCUUGUUAAAAAAGAGGCGAGCCUUUAAGUCUUCACUAUAGCUAAAUAAUCUUAUUGGAUUGAAGUCAUUAAUGUCCCUUGUCCUGCAGAAAAAUUCCUCCAAAAACACCCAAGAUUAUCGCAAUCGCCCCUUGCCCAAAACACCUUCUGAAGAGCAACAUUUUUAUGGUUCGUCUGCUUGCAUGGUAAGCUUUGGAUGUUGUGAUUAUUUUGUUUAUGUUGGUGUGCACUCAGGUUUGGUUUUAUUUAUACUAUUUAUUCUUUUUUUUUUUUAAGAAUAACAAUCGAAUUUUAUUUGAUAUUAUGACUUAUUUAAAGCCUUAUUCAGUUUUUAAAUGUUUGAUGUCUUUUAUUUAUGGCUAAGUUGUUGUAGUUAUUUUGGUGAAUAUUUGUUUUUAAAUUUCACCUUAUUAUCAUUAAAAAUUUGCCUGAUUGUUGGAUUAAAUCAAUUUAGUUUUUAUGCCUUUACACUUUUAAAGAGCUUUUUUGUUUCUUUUUGUAAAAGUCUCUAUCUCUCUCAAUCUUUGUUGUUGAUUUGGUUUUAUUAUAUUUAUUUUCAAUAGUGAUACUCUGAACUAUUGUUUAGCUUUUUUUUUAAUCUCUUAUUUCUAUUUAAAUAUGACUUUUAAAAAAAAAAAUCCUUUUCAAAAACAGAAAAAAGAAAUGUACUAAAGCUAGAAUUCAAUUUAUAAAAGUUUGUCUUUAAUAAAUUAAAAAUAAUUUAUUUAAGAAAUAAAAAAACUAUAUACUAUAUUACUUUGUAUUUUCUUAAAAUUCAGGAAGUAAACAUUUUAAUUAACAAAAUGAAGAAGAUUUAGUGGUUUAUGAUAAUGGUUUGGAAGUUUAAAAAAGAACGAAUACAGCUCUUAAAGGAUAUUUUUCUAGCUUUUUUAAAAAACUUUCUUUAUAAGAUCAUACAAAUUUGUUCAAUUAUUUCAACUUUUACUACUUUUUUAUUUGUUUUACAGAGCAACCUUGGGUCUGAGAAAGUGAAAGACAAUCGACACUCUGAGACAUCUGAUGACAGCAUCACGUCCCAAACAAAUCUUAUCCCUAGCCCAAUAUUUGUGAACAAGAAUAUUCCUCCCAAGGGGUCAAAUAAAUACCACCCUAAGGAUGUCAAAUCAAUUAAUGAACCUACAAAUUUACUCAGAGAAAAUCACAGCUCCAAUAUUGAUUCAGCUGAAAAAGAAAAACAGCAAGUCAGAUUGGGCACAGAACCUAAAUACCAAAAUAUAUAUUCUAAACAGGAAAGUAGACCAGAUUUAAAAAUAUAUAAAAAUUUUAAUGGAUCUGUCAACAAAGCAGAGGAAAGUGUUGAGGACUAUUUGAAGUUCAGCAUUGAUGAGCCAGAUGCACUGAAAAAAACCGAAGUGAACAAAGAUCCUCAGACUAAUAUUUAUGAUACAAGUAUAAUUAAUUUUAGCCAAACUGGCACACUACCUUUAAGAGAAAUUUCUGUUUAUCAUGUACAGGAUACAACACAGUCUAUAAAUCCAUUAUCAUCAUCAAUUUUCAGUGGCCAGUCCAGUUCAGCAGAAAUCUUCAAUAGCAAGUCAAAGGUAAAAGUAAAGCCCAAAAACCCAGCUUAUGUCAGAAGAUUUAAACCAGAGCUAAAUCCUAGUCUGGCAAUACAAGCUAGUUCUGCAUCAACAAAUCUGGCAAUACCUGACAGUUCUGAAUCAACAAAUGCACGGUGCACAUCGGAUUAUGUUCCUAAUGCUCCAUUAGUUGAACAUGCGAAGAUGUUGAAUACGCCCACUGUGCUUUCUGGCUACGUUGCACUUCCAUUUGUCACUGAGCUAACCAAAGCAGAAAAACAGCACCUGCAACAUGAAAAUUCAUCCCAGAGUUAUCCAACACAAAGCAAUCUUCAAAAACUUAAGCCAAGAACAGUUGAACCUUUCUAUAUUGAUAACAGACGAAGCAUGCCCCUGGAAACAGUUCUUCAUUUCCCACCACCACCAUUAUCCCCUCCUCCUACUCUAUUGCCACCUCAUCCUAAAGUAUUCUCAGACUCUGAAAAUAUUCAGAUUGCAUCUCAGUACAAUGAACAUUCACAAAGUCAGUACCCCAUUGUAAACAAUGGCUAUGCUCCCCAGUGUGUCUUAUCACAGUUUUCAUCUACAUCUUUGCCUUAUCAUCCUGAAACAGAAUCAGCAAAUUUUGAACUCCAGCAUAAUAGCCCUACUCUUGCAGCAUCCACAGACUAUUUGCCCCACCAUUUUAUCAACCAUGCUUCAGGCAGUGAAUCAGCACUGGCACAGGGCAAAAAUCAAUAUGACUAUAGCCCAGUGGCUAGCACAAUGCCAAGACCCCAUGGUCCAGCAAAGAAAACCCUUUUACUACCCUUGCAACUUUCUCGGCCACUUAGUGGGGACCUGCUGGACCUUCCUCCUGAGUAUUAUCUUGAUCCUCAUCUUGAUGGGAGCAAUCAAAUUCUGACAGAGCUUUAACUUUCCCUAGACUAUAAAUUUUGUGACCUUAUAAAUUUGUUAUAAAUAUUUUAAAAAAAAUUGUAAUCUACCAUGGAAAUAUUUAUACUUUUUGCUGUUUUUAAAAAAAUUAUUUUCACCGGUUUUCAUCUGUACCUUUCAUUUAAAGAUGAGACAGCAUUUGAUGUCUCGUACUUAAUGUUCAUACUUGUACCAUUUGUCCAU